ACUUUAAACGUCCUAGUCAUCCUAGUCACCUUAUCCAUUACAGUCACCCCACCCCUCAGAGUCAUCCCAGUCAUUCCAGUCACCAUAGUCGUCCCAGUCAUCACAGUCACUCGAAUCAUCCGAGUCAUACAAGUAACCCUAGUCAUCCCAGUCAUCCAAGUCGUAGUACUCAUCCAAGUCAAUCCACUGAUACUAGUCCUCCCACAAAUCCCAGUCAACUGUGUCAUCCAAGUCAUCCUGGUCCCCCCAAUCACCCCAGUUACCAUAAUCAUCCCAGUCAUUCCAGUCAUCCGAGUCACCCAAGUCAAUUUAAACAUCCUAGUCAUUGCAGUCAUGUUAUCCCACUCCCCUCAGUAAUCUGAAAAAUCAGUGUCAUUCCAGUCAUCAGAGUCAUAGUUGUCAUCCCAGUCAUCCCAGUGAUCCUAGUCAUCCCAGUCAUCCCAGUUGUUCUAGUGAUCCUAGUCACCCCAGUCAUCCCAGUCGUCCUAGUCAUCCCAGUCGUCUUAGUGAUCCUAGUCAUCCCAGUCAUCCCAGUCGUCCUAGUCAUCCCAGUCAUCCCAGUCGUCCUAGUGAUCUUAGUCAUCCCAGUCAUUACAGUCACACCAGUCAUCCCAGUCAUCCUGGUGAUCCUUGUCAUCCCAGUCAUCCCAGUCGUCCUACUGAUCCUAGUCAUCCCAGUCAUCCCAGUCGUCCUAGUGAUCUUAGUCAUCCCAGUCAUCCCAGUCACACCAGUCAUCCCAGUCAUCCCUGUCAUCCCAGUCAUCCCAGUCGUCCUAGUGAUCCUAGUCACCCUAGUCACCCCAGUCAUCCUAGUCACCCCAGUCAUCCCAGUCGUCCUAGUCAUCCCAGUCAUCCCAGUCGUCCUAGUGAUCCUAGUCAUCCCAGUCAUCCCAGUUGUCCUAGUGAUCCCAGUCAUCCCAGUCAUCCCAGUCGUCCUAGUGAUCCUGGUCAUCCCAGUCGUCCUAGUGAUCCAAGUGAUCCUAGUUAUCCCAGUCAUUCCAGUCAUCCUAGUCAUCCCAGUCGUACUAGUGAUUCUAGUCAU